UUCAAGUUUCCUUCAGCCAACCAUUAAUGGACCUCGAGGCUGUUCUUAGCCUCUUCGAUUCGUGCUGGUUCAAUCUCCAAACCCUCAAUAAACAUUCAAAUUCAAUCACUUCAUCAAAUCCACAGGAAAACUCAUAUAACAAAAUUCAAGAAAAUUCACCAGAAAUUGCAAAAGAUUCAUCCCUGCUAGAAGAAAUCCAACUUGGGUCACAAAGUGAUGGUUUGAGCUACAAUUCAGACACUUUCUCUCCAGAUUCAGUUCUCCCAAUAACCCAUUUUCAACCAGAUCCUAAAAAAGCAGAACCAAAAAAGAUAAAGGGUAGACGAAAAGAGAGGAAAAGAAGAACCAAAAAGGGUCUUAGCAAGAGCUUAUCCGAGCUAGAAUAUGAGGAGCUAAAAGGGUUUAUGGAUCUUGGAUUUGAUUUCUCAGAAGAUGAUGUAAAUUCCAGUUUGGUUGAGAUUAUUCCAGGUUUACAGAAACUGAGCAAAAAUAGGAGUAAUGAUGAUCAAGAAAAGGUGAAUUUUGUUGAGAAAUCUCAUCAGUACUCAAGAGCAAUCAGGCCUUAUCUUUCUGAAGCAUGGGAAGUUCUUGAAAAGAGGAAGAGAAUGAAUUCAUUGAUGAAUUGGAAAGUACCCGCUACCAGCAAUGAAAUUGACAUUAAACAUAGUCUCAAAUGGUGGGCACAUACUGUUGCUUCCUCUGUUAAACAACAGAACAAAGGCUAAAACUAAAAUCUAAGUAAAAUUUUCUCUCCUAGGUUUUUUCUUUCUUUUUCCCACUACAAAAUUUCAAAACGAAAGGAAUGUUAGCACUUUGAUCCUUUUUUUAGUUUCUUGACUCACAUUGUUGAGCUUGAAGUUGCAAUCCAAAUAGGAUUAGGAACAAAGCUAAAUCCUCUUCUUCAAAAGAAAAUAAAAUCGUAUUUUGGUAAUGGUUUUUGGAAUUUGCAUUGAAUUAGUCGACGCAAGUCGUAAUGUGGAUUGAAAUGAAGUCUGUCAGGACAUUGAGAAGAUUGAGUCAGUCUGUAAUAGUACGUGUAUUUUUUUUUCCCUUCAAAAAAAUCAGCCUGCAGGCUAAUUAAGGUCAAAUUAAUGAAUAAAGAAUACAUAGUUCCAUCCA